AUGGAAGAUCGGACAAUGAAAAUAAAUGGAAAAUGUGGAUUAGAUUUUCUUAGCUCCGAUAAUGGAAUCAGAAAACAGUUAAUUGAACAUCUUCCAGAAUUUAUGGAAUCCAAAUAUAUUCAAAUUGCGAUCGAAAAUUUUGGAUAUAUCCUUGCUAUAAAUUCUAAUUUUUGGCAAGAAUAUUUCCAAUUGAAUUUAAGUGAUGCUCUCACUGAUAAUGAUGAAAAGAAAAUUAUUUUGUUUAUGAAAAAAUAUAUUAAACCAGUUAUGGGUAAUUUUGAUAUGGGUGAUUGGCAAAGAUUAAAUAAUUGGUUGAAGGAAUAUAUAGAUGAAAUGUUACAAAAAUAUUUUAAUGGAGAUGGGGAAGGAAGCAUGUAUACAAAGAUAAAACAAUAUUUAUCUAAAAUAUCUCUCAAUCAUUCCUCUGAAUUAUUCGACAACCAAUUGUCAAUAAUUGCUGAAAGGUUACUUUUAACUGGAGCAUAUCUAUUUGGCAGUGAAUUAACUAAAGCUGAUCUUUCCCUGUUUUCUGUGCUAGUCCAAUAUUUCGAAGGUCCAUUGAAUAACAGAGAUAUAAAAAAAUAUUUUCUGAAAGAAUCCGAAAAAACGUUGGAAAAUCAAACUUAUGUUGGGAAAGGGAAGAAAAAAAUUUAUGAAGAAGAUUUGGAUGAAAUUAUUGAAGUUAAAGAAGAUUGGCACAAAGGAAGUACUUCAAAUAGUAAUUUAGUUGAUGCUUAUGUUGAUUGGAGAAUUGAAAUAAUUUAUGAAUUUAUUGAAAGAAUCAAAAGACAUUUGGGAUUUGCAAAUAAUCAAGAAUGGAAAAGUUUGCAAGUCGAACCGUGGAUUUUGAAUUAUGAAACUGAGAAACAUUUUUCUAAGAAAUAUGAUGGUAAAUUAUUUGUUUUUCUUAGGCACAGUGAAAUAUACCGAAUUUCUAUGAAAAUUACCCUAUAA